GUUUGCUGAAUUGUGUGCAUCUUUAAGAAAAUGGGAAGGUUAAUAUGGUUUUCCCAAUCCUCUGCCUUUCCUUUAUGUUGUUACAGUUUCGAGUCCAAAACUCCUCACCUUCUCAAUCUUCUCUUGAUUCACCGCCACAUUUGUGCCGUCCUGAAGAGCGUUCUGCAUUGCUUGGUUUCAAAAGCACUACUACUUUAAUUGAAUACUGUCGUUUUACUCCUCGUCCAAUAAUACAAACUUGGAACGAGAGUAAAGACUGCUGCUUGUGGGAGGGCAUCACAUGCGAUAGGCGGAAAGGUCACGUGAUUGGCCUUGAUCUUAGCAGUAAUUGUCUUGCAGCCGAUCUAACUACAAAUGGUAGUCUCUUCCGCCUUGAGAAAUUGCAGAGUCUUGACCUUUCUGGCAAUUAUUUUCACUAUCCUAACAUCUCAUUCGGGUUCAACCGGUGGAAGAGUUUGACAUAUCUUAAUCUUUCAAAUCCAGUAUACAUGGAUGGCCCUCCCCCGUUUGAUGAGAUCAUCUUGCUGACGAAAUUAGUUUCACUUGAUCUCUCUUAUAAUUAUGAUUUGUUUCUUGACAACAUAAAGUUUCAAAUGCUUGUGCAUAACUUAACAGAAUUAAGGUUUCUUAUCCUUGAUUCUGUGAAUAUGUCUCUGGUUGGGCCUUCUUCCUUGCUAAACUUGACUUCCUCCUUGGAAUAUUUGAGCCUUAGCAACCGUAAUUUGCAAGGAAACUUCCUAAACCAAGUAUUUCAGCGAACGAAAUUGGUCUCACUCAAUCUCUUUGAUAAUUUUGAUUUGCUUCUUGACAACACAAAGUUUCAAUUACUUGUGCAUAACUUGACAGAAUUAAGAUUUCUUAAUCUUAGUUCGGUGAAUAUGUCUCUGGUUGUGCCUUCUUCCUUGCUAAACUUGACUUCCUCCUUGGAGCAAUUGAGCCUUCGAGAUUGUAGUUUGCAAGGAAACUUUCCAAGUCAAGUUUUUCAGCUUCCAUCUCUCCAGCUUAUUGAUUUAAGUUACAAUUAUUAUUUAAGAGGUAAUCUGCCCCUGUCAAACUGGAGUAGCCCCCUCAAGUAUUUGUAUAUCAGAGAGACAAGCUUCUUAGGAGAGUUGCCUCAUUCAAUCGAAAAUCUUAAACUCUUGGAGGAAUUGGAUCUUGAUAGCUGCCAAUUUUAUGGAUCAAUUCCUAAAUCUCUUGCAAAUCUUACCAAGAUAACUUACUUGGAUUUUGAUUCCAAUCUUUUGCAAGGGCAAAUUCCAGAUGUUUUUGGAAAAAUGCACAAGUUAACUUGCUUGAGCAUUUUUAAUAACAGUUUUGGUGGUGAAAUUCCUACAUCAAUCUUCAACCUCACCCAUCUUACCUAUUUGUCAUUGUCAUCAAAUAACCUAACAGGGCUUCUUCCUCACAAUAUAAGUGGGCUUUCAUUUUUAGGUGAGUUUCGAAUGGAUAAUAAUUUCAUCACAGGUCGUGUACCAUCUUGGUUGUUUUCUCUGCCCUCUUUAUACUAUUUAGACCUCCAAAACAAUAGACUAACCGGAACUAUUGAUCAUACUGAUAUGCCUAAUCUCAUUUUACAAAAAGUCUAUUUGUCCAAUAAUGAGAUAAGUGGUUCACUUCCUAGCUUUUUCUUUCAUCUUGUGUCUCUUACUCAUGUCGACCUUUCUUCAAAUAAUUUAAGUGGCACCAUUACAACCAACAUGCUUUCAAAACUUGUCAACCUCUGGCUUCUGGAUCUUUCCAAUAAUAGUCUUCUGUCUUUGAGCAAUAAUAGCACUGGUGUCAAUUAUUCCUUUCCGUACCUUCGGUAUUUCAUAUUCUCUUCUUGCAACAUAGACAAGUUCCCAAGUUUCUUAGGGAAGGUUGAGAGUUUGCAGGGCUUGGAUCUUUCCAAUAACAAGAUUUCUGGUCAAAUUCACAAAUGGGAAAUAGAAGGGAUGAUGUCAUUGUACACUUUAAACCUUUCUUAUAACUUCUUGAGUGGGAUAGAUUCAUUUGGUUUUGGACUUCUUCGAACCGUUGACCUCAGAUUCAACUUACUACAAGGAUCACUUCCCAUUCUAUCAACAAAUUGGAAUUCUAUGGAACAACUCCUCAUUUCAGGGAAUAAUUUGACUGGCGAAAUCCCUUCUUCUUGUUGCAGUUUUUCUUCUCUUGCAGUUCUAGACUUAGCUAAUAAUAGUUUGGAAGGAAAAAUUCCAGAAUGUCUUCGAAACUUGAGUGAUCUUUUCAACUUGGAUCUGCAAAUGAAUAAGUUUCAUGGUAGAAUACCAAAUUCUUUUGUCAACAUGAGUGAAUUGAGAACCCUUCAUUUAAAUGACAACCAGUUGGAAGGGCUACUGCCACAGUCUUUGGUUAAUUGCAGUAACUUGGAAAUUCUAGAUGUGGGGAACAACAACUUGAAUCAUAUCUUCCCACAUUGGUUAGGUGUUCUUCCACGGCUAGAAGUUCUCAUCCUUCGAUCUAAUCAAUUUCAUGGUGCCAUCAGCAAUUCUAUGCCUGCAUUUUACUUCCAUCAGUUGAGAAUCAUUGAUAUCGCGCAAAAUGAUUUUAUAGGUCUCCUACCGAGUAACUUUUUCAAAAUUUUGAAAGGUAUGAGAGAUGUAGCUCCAGUCAAAUUGGAAUACCUUGACUGGAAGCAAGUAUGGCCUAUGCAAUGUGACGACGAGGAAAGUUGCUCAAUUCAUUAUUCUCCUUUUUAUAAGGAUUCUGUGAACGUAACAAUGAAAGGCUCAGAGAGGGAGCUUGUAAGGAUCUUGAAAAUUUUCACAACUAUAGAUUUCUCGAGCAAUCAGUUUCAUGGACCGAUUCCUGAAGAGCUAGGAGAACUGAAUUCACUUUUAUUGCUAAACUUAUCUCACAAUAGUCUCAAUAGUCAAAUCCCAUCAUCAUUGGGGAAAUUAGCAGCACUCGAGUCCUUAGAUCUCUCAUCAAACAAGCUUGAAGGUGGGAUUCCUGAGCAAUUGACAAAUCUGACAUUCCUAUCAGUUUUGAAUCUUUCACACAAUAAACUUGUGGGCCACAUACCUGAAGGGAAGCAGUUCAGUACUUUCUCAAAUGAUUCCUACAUUGGAAACUCUGGGUUGUGUGGAUUCCCAUUGACAAAGAACUGCCACGGGGAGGAAGAACCAGGAGCACCUCCAAAAUUUGAUGAAGAGGAUGAAUCUGCAACACUCUUUGAGUGGAAGUUAGCAUUGGCAGGGUAUGGUUGUGGACUGGUGUUGGGACUUAGUCUGGGAUACAUUGCCUUCACUACAGGAAAACCAUGGUUUGUGGUGAAGAAAGUGGAGAAAUAUCAACAGAAAUUAAUUGGAAGGUACAACCAAAGGCAUAAGAAGAGAAAAACCCAAAAACCCAACCAACGCUCUUAGGUGCAGUUGAUUUCUUACUCGGGGAGAUAUAGCAACAGUUGCUUCUUGAGUUUGUUUCCAUCUUUUUCAUGUUCAUUGUUGAUAUAUAGUUGUGUUGACUUGCGUGGGAAUUAUGGUUAUGUAUGAAUUUGUGUUAAUUUCUUUUUGAUUUCAUUUAUGUACUCUGGAUUUCAUUUAUGUACUCUGCACGCAGUUGCUUACGUAUUUUUUUAAAUAUAAUUUGUUUCUUUUGAUGUAAUCUCAUCGUAUUUUCUUCUCUCUUCCUUUGUUUUUAUUGUCUUUGAACGGUGCGUUUUACUGAAGUAAAAUGUAAAAAUUUCU